CCACCCGCGACACUGCUCAAGUUCCUCGACCACAACCUAACCACACUACUUUUUGCAUCAAUCUCAAUCCAAUACGUACAGCAUUGCAAUUGCUACUUUUCAAAAAUGUCCUCGGCUACAAACAAAGACAACCUCGAGGUCUACUUUCACCUCAAGUCCCUCAUCAUCUCAAACGCCAAACUCCAGCACGGCGCAUCCAUUGGAGGCCGCCCGCGAAGCUAUGACAUUGUGACAAGCAGCCAAUUACGGGGUCAGAAACAAUACCGUGUCAGCCUUGUUGCGUACGACGAGAACCAGAAAGGAACGGGGAAAGUGGACAUUGACAGCAAGGUGCUGAGCAGGAGUGGCAUGAAGCUGAAUUUGAACGGCGCAAUGGAAGAUUUGCUGAAGAAAACACAGGAGGAGUUGUGGAAAGAAUGAUGGUGAGUUGCGACGUGAACGGGGCGCUAGUCAGGCACAGGUUAGCCCCCGGCUAGCGUUGCUCGGAUCGCCGCCGUGAAUGGUUCUCACGUGAUUGUCUGCUGUUUAUCUGCCCCGUUGCAUACUUUUUCAGAUGUCGGCAUGGAAAUGAACGACUUGAGCAGUCUGGUGAUGUGAUAUAAUAAUGGGUAAUAAUAUAUUCUAUCGAACUUCGAGUCGCAGUUGCUAUCUUCAAUUGUUUGUUAUUAUUGCAGAGCCGCCCUCUAAAUUCGCGCAACGCUGACCUCUUGAGUACCAUGUUAUAAUGCCCAUUUUCGUAUCUUCUAUGGGCGCGGGUUUCAAUCUGUACUCACUCGAAGCUCGCCGAUGGUGGUCGAUGAACGGUCGCGUGAACCUACAUCGAAUAACCUCAAGUGCUCCAGGCAGAACAGCACCGAUACCCGUAGAAGCAAACACAACCUACUCACCUUGCAAACACUAUCCACCCGUACAGCUUCAAUAUGCAACCAACCUGUAUUUUGAGCAGUAUAUAUACAGUGUAAACCGCAAUUUCUUAUAUAAACAAGCGCAGUUGGCCCAGAGGACCUCACUGUCAUGGCCACCUACCAUGAUAA